GCGAGAACGUGGCCGCCCGGUCCCCGUGCCCGGCCGCGGGGUGCUGGCGGCGCCCCCCCGGGCUGCAGGGCGAGGAGGAGGAGGGGAUGGCGGAGGCCGGCGACCCGGGGGGGACCGCCCCGCCCCAGGGGGACCCUGAGGAGCCCAAGCAGGGAUCAGUAGUAUUUUUUGGAGGUAAUGAAGUAAAAAGCAGUGCUGUGGUGAAAUAUUCCUCUGCACCACCACAAGCAGCAUUUGCUCGUCUUCAAGAGAAGACUGAUUUGAAACUUCCACCUGCCAACUGGUUACGUGAAAGUGCCAAACUGGGACCAGCAGGAACAACUAUUCUUGGCAACAACAAGAAAAGCAAACCAUUUUCAAGCUUUGGCAUGGCAUAUGACUUCAUUGACUCGAUUGGGAAUGAUGUGGAUGUUGUUUCUGAUUCUGAGAACAUUAAAAAACUCCUGAAGAUACCAUAUAGCAAGUCACAUGUAAGCAUGGCAGUACACCGUAUUGGACGAACCCUUUUACUGGAUGAAUUAGAUAUUCAGGAGCUCUUCAUGAGAUCAUCCCAGACAGGGGAUUGGACCUGGCUAAAAGAAUUCUACCAAAGACUAAUAGAUCAGAAGUGGCAACGGAAGAAGAAAAGUAAAGAACACUGGUACCAUAAGGCUAUACUUUCAAAGUUUUUAUAUUACAGCAUUAAUGGUGAUGGAGCUGCUCAGCCUGUUCCUUCCACUGCAGAAGAACAUCAAGAAGUUCCAGCCCCAGAUGAGAGUAGUGAAGCAGGAAGGGCUUCUUGGCCCGCCCCUUUUGAAAUGCCAUCUUCAAUAUCUGAAGAUCCAGGUGCUUCUAACCAGGGAAGUGUGCCUCUUGAACCCUCAUAUAUAGUGGGGCAUGUGGCCUCAGCCCCCAAAGAACAAAAUCUGACUACUUUGUUCAAUGACGGGGAAAACAGUCAGGGUCUUAAAAAUGACUUUGUUCGAAAUAUCUUGUGGACCUUUGAAGAUAUUCAUAUGUUAGUAGGAUCAAAUAUGCCUAUAUUUGGAGGUGGAAGAUACCCCGCUGUAAGCUUGCGUCUCAGGGAUAAUAACAAGCCAAUAAAUGUGCUAACAGGAAUUGACUAUUGGUUGGAUAAUCUAAUAUGCAAUGUUCCAGAGCUCGUGAUGUGCUUCCAUGUUAAUGGAAUUGUUCAGAAGUAUGAAAUGAUCAAGACAGAAGAUAUUCCCAAUUUAGAAAACUCCAAUUUUUCUACCAAAGUGAUAAAGGAUAUUGCUCAAAAUAUUUUGUCUUUUCUGAAAUCUAAUUGUACCAAAGAAGGACAUACUUACUGGCUAUUUAAGGCAAGUGGAAGUGAUAUAGUAAAACUGUAUGACCUCACCACUCUUUGUGAAGAAACAGAAGACAAAUACCAAAACCCUUUCACGAUGCCAGUGGCAAUUCUCCUGUACAAGGUUGCCUGCAAUAUGAUGUUGAAGAAGAACCAGAACAAAAAACACUAUGGCACUAUUAGAACAUUACUCCUUAAUUGUCUUAAGUUACUGGAUAAAGGCAGACAUCCUCAAAUUAUUGCUUCAGCGAAUUACAUGCUCUCAGAGCUUUUCCAGUUAGAUGAGCCUAAAAAGGAAGAAAGUGCAGAGUUUCCUUUAAAUGGGAACUCUGAUGAAAGUUACAGUGAAGAGGAAGAAGAAAUGCCGGAUAGUGAUGAAAAUGGUUCCUACAGCACCAGCUCUGAUCCUCCAGAUGACAAUAAAGCAGUAGCUAUAAUCAAAUCAGUUGGAGAAUUAUCAGUACCAGAAAAAUAUAAAUCUAUCCAUCGGAUAAGACCUAGUUGUGCAUUUCCUGUUUGCCAUGACACAGAGGAGCGCUGCAGGCUAGUGCUCAGCUAUGUUUUGGAGGGCUUGAAAUCUGUUGACAGCAGCAUUAAAAGAGAAGGUGACCUUCCUGCAGCUGACCCCAACACCCCAAUCCCAUUAAAAUACGAAGAUGAAUCCACAAGUAGUGGUCCUGAGUGUCUGGAAAAACAGAUGGCUUUGUUUUUAGACAAAAUGGGCUCAUUUCAAAAGGGUAAACGUUUCAGUCAGUCGGGAAUGAUUCCUGGAUCCUGGCAGUAUGAAAUGAAACUGCAUCUGAUUCUGAAGUCAUCAAGGGCUUACUAUAUUCUGUCUGACGCAGCCAUGAGUCUUCAGAAAUAUGGAAGAGCGUUACGGUACAUUAAACUAGCUUUGCACUGCCACGAUACAUACUGUUGUCUCUGCACCAAUGUGCUUCCUGAGGUGCUGCUGUUUCUUUGUCAGUGUUUAACUCUUUGUGGUGAUAUCCAGUUAAUGCUUGCCCAGAAUGCAAGUAACAGAGCUGCAUAUCUUGAAGAAUAUAACUACCAAACAAAAGAAGAUCAGGAAAUACUGCACAGCCUUAAUAGAGAAUCCAACUGUCAAGUAUUUGCUUGGGCUACUGACUUAUCUACAGACUUAGAAUGCCAGCUUUCAGUUAGCUGCAAAUGCUAUGAGGCAGCUAAUGAAAUUUUGCUUUUUAGUAACUUAAAAAAACAAAAUGCAGAGCAGCAUACGCAAGUACUGAAGAGACUGGGAAAUAUCAGAAACGAAAUUGGAGUGUUUUACAUGAACCAGGCAGCAGCAGUACAGACUGAGAGAGUGGUGAGCAAAAGUGUAUCUGCAACAGAGCAGCAACUGUGGAAGAAGAGUUUCUCUUGCUUUGAAAAAGGCAUCCAGAAUUUUGAAUCAAUUGAUGAUGCAACCAAUGCUGCUCUUCUGUUGUGUAAUACAGGAAGAUUGAUGAGAAUUUGUGCUCAAGCCCACUGUGCUGCUGGAGAAGAUUUCAAGCGAGAAUUUUCCCCGGAAGAGGCCCUUUAUUAUAACAAGGCGAUUGAUUACUAUCUGAAGGCUUUAAGAUCUCUAGGGAAGAGAGAGGUGCAUCCAGCAGUUUGGGAUUCUGUGAAUUGGGAACUCUCUACCACCUAUUUUACCAUGGCAACUUUGCAGCAGGAUUAUGCUCCAUUAUCUAGAAAGGCCCAGGAACAGAUAGAGAAGGAAGUUAGUGAGGCCAUGAUGAAAUCUCUGAAAUACUGUGAUGUUGAUACAGCAUCUGCACGACAGCCCCUCUGCCAGUAUCGGGCUGCAACCAUUCAUCACAGACUGGCUUCCAUGUAUCAUAGUUGCUUGAGAAACCAGGUUGGUGAUGAGCAUUUAAGGAAACAGCAUAGGAUAUUAGUUGACCUUCAUUAUAAUAAAGCAGUAAAGCUUUUUCAACUCCUAAAGGAUGCACCCUGCGAGCUCCUUCGUGUGCAAUUGGAAAGAGUAGCUUUUGCAGAGUUCCAGAUGGCAAGUCAAAAUAGUAGUGCUGGAAAACUAAAGACUUUAUCUGGGGCUCUAGAUAUAAUGAUAAAGACCAAAUGUGCGUUCCAGCUGAUCAAAAAGGAAAUCGCAGCUGAAUGUGAUCAGAUGAAUGAGGAUACAAGUAAUGGUGGGAAUACAGCACUUGGUGACUCUACUUCUAACCUUAAUAAAGAUGAAGUAAUGAAACUUCUUGGUAUAUUUGAAUCUCGACUAUCAUUCCUCCUUCUCCAGUCCAUUAAAUUGUUAUCUUCAACAAAAAAGAAAAUUGGUGGCAGUAAUGAAGAGGAGGAAGUUCUUAAGACCAACAAGGAAGUUUAUUCCCUUCUCUUGCGUGCGACUGCUGACAAAAGUGUGAGACUGCUAGAACGAAUAGAAGUAAUUUUAACUUUAUUGGAACAGCUGACUCGGAACACUGAAACCAAUAAUACAGGAAUUCAGUGACUUACUAAAUACAAAAACAGCUACAAGGUAGCAGAAAUAAUAUUGGUGCCUUGCUUAACAUGGGAUCAGCGGCUCUGUGUCAUGUGGUACUUACUCUCUUCAACUUCAGUAAAUCUAUUUAUAACAUGGUAGACCUGGGAAAGAAGAGGAAUGCAUUGCUAUCCCAUGACAGUGCAAUUAUGAUCAGAUUCUAACGUGUCUACAUUUGAAGUGCUAAAAUGGGAAUCUAGAGGUAGAGCUUCCAGUUUCUUAUGGUUGAGAAGUGCAGUUUCUCUGAAAAGUGAUGGGCUUUUCAGUGGUGCAAAAUAUGUUUUGCAUAAAAAUAUAAUCUGUUAUAGAUCGGUUCGAUAUUUUUUGAAUGAAAUGUUACUUUGUAAGCAAAGCUUUAUAAGAAGUCUUUUACCAGUAACAUUCAUGGAAAUUGCACAAGGGGAUUUCCCUUGCAUAUAUCAAUAUUUUCUUUUUAGUAAGAGUUAAUACCAUGCACAAGAGUGUGUGCCUUUUUUAGCUUCAGUGCAACACUUUUCACAGAUAUUAGCCAUUGCUGGAAUGUCAUUUACACCAGAAGUGAAACUGUUUUAGCUCUAUUUUGAUUUAUUCAAUCAGGAAUAAUAUUACCCCUCUUUUUCAAACUUGAAACUGUGAAUAAAUGAUAAACAUAUUUUAAAAAGAAAUUUAUUUAUUAAAAAAAUAUGGUUACAGA